GUAAUAGUCCGCUCUCAAAAAGGACAAGAGGAGGAAACGAAAAUUGAAGACUGUAAGAAUGGAAGCUACGUAGUGCGUUACAAGCCAAAGAGUGUUGGCUUACGUGACAUUGCUGUUGAGGUUAAUGGCCAACCGCUGACUGGUAGUCCUUGGAGUGUUUAGGCGACUAGUCAUAAGUACAAAGUUAUUCAUUCGUUUGGAUCACAUGGCACAGAACCGGGAAAAUUUAAAGGACCAGUCAGCAUUGCAGUGAAUAGAAGAAAAGGAAAGAUUGCCAUUGCAGAUUUUAAUAAGCACAGAGUUGAGUUGUUUGAUGGAGAGUGGAAACAUCUUAGUACAAUAGGAGACAAAGAGCUUAAUGCUGAGAGGAUCAAGUUUCCUCGUUCGGUGGAAUUUACAACAUCUGAUGAAGUCAUUGUCAUUCAUGGAAAAUUUUUUCAAGCGAGUAAGAUGUUUUUGUUCACUGAACAGGGAAACUUCAUUAAAGUCAUCAGUCAGCAUUUGAUCAGUCCUUUGUCCGUAUCUGUCAGAGAUGAUGGUCACAUGAUCGUGUGUGACUCGGGCGACAACUCAGUUAAG